UUGGAGCUCUGACCUCUGGUGUCCGUGUUACUUCCGUGUUCCGCUCACCUGCUGCACCGGUGUGAAGGUGCGACUCUCCGCCGCUGCACCUGCUGCGUUAUUACCGCGUCAUGUCGGAGGAGCUCGUAACGUGUGAACUAACAUGCUCCGAUUCAGCGAGGGAGCCACCGGGGGCUCCUCCGGGGAGUGACAGCACGAACAUGGACCGCGAGCAGCCCAUUUUCUCCGUGUUGAGCGGCGGUGCCAAGGACAGGACGACAGCGGCGGCGGCGGCGGUGAAGGCGGUGGAGGCGGUGGAGGCGGUGAAGGGGGACACCGCGGUGAAGAGCUCCGGCGGCGGCGGCGGCGGUGGAGCAGCAGCUUCUCCCUCCGCCACCUCCGACACGGAGUCCGGGAUCUUCUCGGGUGAGUGUGAGCUCUGCGUGGAGCACGAGUCCGAGCUCGACUGGUUCUGCGGCACCGAGCAGAAGCUCAUCUGCUCCCACUGCGCCAUCGUCGGCCCCUGCCACGGACACACCGUGACCCCUCUGGCCACCAGGGUCACAGCGAUCCGGAAUGAACUGGUUGAUGUGUGUGAGAAAAUGCAGCUGCAGGCGCUGAGGAUGGAAAGGUUCAUUGACCAGACGCUGAUAGUCAAAGAGCAAAAGCUCCAGGCAUCGGCCAGCAGGGCGAGGGAGCAGGUGCUGGCUCAGGUCAGCGCAGCUCGGGAAGCCCUGGAGGAGGAGGAGCAGCGUCUGCUGGAGGAGGUGCAGAGGGAGGAGGAGCGGGUGGAGCAGUGUCUCCUCACCCAGAGGGCCCACUGGAGCCAGGCCCUGGGGAAUCUGUCUCAAACACGUUCACGUCUGGUGCACACGCUCACGCACACUCCCGAUGCACAGCUAGUGACUAGCGUCCAGGACAUAGUUGAAAGGGUGGAGGAGGCAGAAGGGGUCGGGGAGCCCUGCGAUACAGAGCAACUCAACCUGAGCCCAGGCUGCAGUGACAGCAAGCUGCUGAGAGGUCUGUGGGCCACGGCGGUGCUGCUCGGUCCAAACGCUUAUGGAUCAUCGUGUUUAAAGUUUGACGGGCGCACAGUGAGCCCGCUCCUGUCCCUGUCUGAGGACUCCUGCACUUUGACCUUCCUCCCAAAAAAAACUCGCCAAUCGCCUCUCUACGACCCAGCACGAUUCGACUGUUGGCCCAACGCGCUGAGUUCACUCUCCGUGUCCUCCGGCACCCACAGCUGGAUGGUGGACGUCGGCCAAUGUGGCGCCUUUAAGGUCGGGGUCUGCUACGCCUCUCUGGAACGCAAAGGCUCCGGGAACGACGCGCGGCUCGGUUACAACACUCAGUCCUGGGUGUUGUCUCGCUAUGACGGGGACUACUCCUUCUGCCACGCGGGGGAGAAGGUUCCCCUGCAGGUGGUGAGGACCCCCAAGAGGAUCGGCGUGCUGCUGGACUGGCCAAGUCAGACGCUGUUGUUUUACGAGCCAGACUCCUGCACCUUGCUGCACUGCAUCACACAACACUUCAGCGCCCCGCUGCUGCUGGCGUGUGCCGUGACUGACCGCAGUAUCACCAUAAUACACUGACUGUCCCCAGUAUCACCAUAAUACACUGACUGUCCCCAGUGUCACCAUAAUACACUGACUGUCCCGAAUGACAAACAAAUACUAAAUGACUUUAAAGAUGUGAAGAAAAGCAAGGAAGAGACUUUGCUUCAGUUUCUAUGUAUUCUUCCGUCUUUGUUAGAGAUUCUUUUUUACUGGUUGUGAUAAUUUAUCUGUUGAUCAUAUUAUACAGUAGUUGUGCUAUUGUGACUGACAGUGAUUGUUUUUUAUAACGUUUUUAAUAUGAUUCUUUAUAUCUUUGAUCUGUGUAAUGAUGUUAUAGAAAAUAUUGAUUACACUGGUUGAUCCAGGACUACUGUAAAUGUUAUGUGGCAUAUUCUCAGUAAACUGAUCACUUCAAGUUGACUUUUCGAUUUUCUGAUUCUGCAAAAGACAGUUAUGUUAAAACAAAGUUGUUAUUUUGUCAUUUGUUUCAUUAAUAUAACAUUUUCUUUGGGAUGAAAAGCAUUGCGUUUGUGCAUUCUGUGAUGAAACAGCAGGGUUUAGUUUUACUUGCAGUUACAUGGCACUCUGCAGGAAGACAUGUGACCAGAAUGAUUGUAACUCAUAAAUACUCGUAGUUCUCAUUCAGUUUUGUGUCAAUCUGAAAAUAAAAGAUUGAGGUUGGUGUUCCCUGUUUACAAAAACCCGUAA